AUGUUAUCAUCAGACUACAAGGAAUGCGAGGCAUACAUGAAUAAAUUUUGCGAUUUUGACACUGAACUUAAUAAGUCGAUAGAUGGUUUUGUAAAUCAAUUCCAAACUGCCACUAUUGGAACAUGUAACAGAGGUUUUGAUUUCAAUGACUCCUCUACAGAAAGCAUCAGAAAUUUUAUGAUCUCUGAUUUUGAAAAAUUGAAAAAGAACCUUGAAAAAAUACAGAAUUUAGUAAUAUCUAAUCUAAAUGGGAACAAUCAAAUUCGAAAUAAUAGUGAUGAACCCGAACAGCCUGUUGGGAAUGAAGUAGACGAACUUGAACACAUUGGAGACUCUGCGAAGGAAUUAAUAUCACGUUUCAACCAUAAAUGUGACCGUUGUUCGAGUAGAAACCCCUUAAGGGCCUCAUCACCAAAAUGCUUAUUACAAGAUCGACUGGAUCUUCCUACUCUAAGUGACACAGAACAGGAAGUCAAUUUUGAAAGUGAACCGAAAUACAAUGAGGAGGAUGCUGGGCGACGUUUGCAAUUGCUCUGUAAAUCAAACUCUGUUGAUUUGCAAACCGCCCCAGAUUCUUCGUCGCCCCUUUCCUUUCCGGUUUCAAACGAGACUUCAGUCACUUUUAGAUCCCUUGAUCCUUCUCAGUCCAUGGCGGUAUUCAAACGGUCUUCUUCGCUCACUAGGUUGGCUCCGUUGAAAUUGCGACCUAUAUUAAGGCAAGGUACUAAAUUAUCUCGUUCGAAAAAUCUCGGAAAUAGGGCUGUUGAUGAAGGAAAGCCACCUCUAACGUCAUUUACUGGAAAAACCGCUACCAAAAUUGUAUCAAAUAGUAAUUCCUCGGCAGCAAUAAUAUUCACUCAAAAUGAUUCAAGGAAAUCACCUAGUCUACAACCAUUGAAACCUUUAAAAAUGUCCAUUGUGGAUAAAUCGGAUAAAAAGCCUCUUUGA